CGAUUUAUCCCAGCUCAGAGUCGUUUCUGCUGCAGUCCCCUGGCAGACAAACCAGCCUAGGAGAGGCAAAGGGAAUUGCUGUAAGUGAGAUGCUACCUUGAAUUGCUCCUCUUCUUGUUUAGCUGAAAGGCCAUGUGUGCAGCUGGCUUUUCAGCUCCGUCCGUUGGGCUCCUCUGUCCUGCUAGCUAGAUUUGGCAGUGAACAUGGCAAUUUGCAAGAACUCUGCAAACGGUGGAGCUGGUAAUACUGACAGCUUUUGUAUUUGUUAACUCUUUGUAGAAGGAGAAAGCCCCUGAAGAUUGCGCACCAGCUCUGCUUGUCUCCCCUCCUGCUUCUAGUGAAGUGACUAGCCCUCUCCCUGUGAAGAACAGUAGUGCUAACUCCAAGCCAGUUUCCCUAGAGCUGUGUCGCUCUAGUCUAGCCCCCUCUCUAGCUUUCUGGAGACUGGGAUGCCCUGAAACCCUUUGGGGCUUUCCUUCCCCUUGUGCCUGAGCUUACUGGGACCAAGUCACACACUGUUUCCUAGUGGAGCAUGACACAUGUUUGCAUGGCCUUCCCAGGUUUUAUUCCUGAGUGUAAGCAGCUGGAAUCUGUUCCUGCUAACCAGCAUUUCACCAGGCUGUUUGCUUAUGGCAGGCACAGGCAAUUCACUGCCAGCGCAAAUCCAGUAUAUUCCUUGAGUGGAGAUGCCAAGUCACUAGAAAUAAAUCCAGCACUUUACUGUAUGUGCUCUGUUGUAAAGGGCUGAGAGCUCAAUUUGCAGUGUAACCCGGGUGGGGACUGUUUUUUUUCUUUAUGUGCAGUGGUGGCUGAUUUACCUGGUGUUCUGGCAACAGCUAACUGCAGCUGCUACUCAGUCUCCACCCCGCAGUGAUUUUCCAGAAACCCAGGUGUGCACCCCAGGCUGAAUUCUUGCCCCUGCCUUUGGGAUUUUAACAAUCAAACCCCACUUUUGAAGUCUCUUUAUGAAGAAGGCAGCUGUAAUGUUUACUCCCGAAAGGCUGCUUUUGCAUCAGCUUUGGUUUCUUUCAGCUCCUCUUGCUCUCUUUGGAGGGAGAAGGAAAACCUCCUUUGGAGAAGGAAAAAAGAAGGGAAUCCGCUAGGGAAACAACUGUGUCUUUGUAUUGUUGAGUGUGUGCGGGAUCCCGGGCUGGGGGUGAGCGCCACUAGAGCUGGGAGGAAGAAGUAAAAUAUAAAUGGAAACAUUUAAAAGGCAGUUUGGGAAGCACAGGUGCUGAAUGAGCCACUGUGGGAGCUGCUAGCACUUGGGAGGACUGGAUUUGUUGUUUUAGCCCUGGGUCCCUUCCCCUGGGGAGUUCCCACACUGGGCGAAUAGCUGGGGGAGCUUUGUGAGUCUGUCCAGCACCAAGGUUUGCUGGGACCCUCUUGGCUGUCAAGCUGGCAGUCUCUCUGGAUGGGAUCCUGAGUGGUGCUAAGUCUCUCAGUUAAUGGGAACUGAAGCCACUGAGCACCUCCCUGGAUCCAGCCCUCUCUCAAGAUCUGACCUGUGUGAACUGGACCAUGAGUCCUGAGCCCAGCAUUCAAACACGAGGAGCUGCUGCCUGUUUGUCCAGUUGAAAAAGAAGCAGGGCUCCCUCUGGGCACCAGCUGCUUCCGCCCUGAUGGAGGAAGCUUUUCGCUUGGCUUUGUGUGUGACGAUGGGCCUGCUGCUCCUGGGGGGAUCGCGCCUGGCAGGAGCUAUCGAGACUGGAAAUGCUGUCAGUAAGGGCGGCGAUGAGGAAGGACAAGGGGCAACGGAUCCUCAGACGCUGACUGUCACAACAAUCCUGCAAGACCCCUAUGCGAUGGCAAGAGGCACAGAGCUGGAGGGCUACUGCCUGGAUCUGCUGGACAUGCUCGCCAAGAUGCUGCACUUCAACUACAAGGUGACAAUAGUGAAAGAUGGCCGCUAUGGGGCUGUCUCCUCCAGCGGGAACUGGACCGGGAUGGUCGGCGAGAUCGUCAGGCAGGAAGCAGACCUCGCUGUGGCUCCCUUGACGAUCACGUCAGCGAGGGAAGAGGUGAUUUCCUUCACCAUGCCAUUCCUGGGUACAGGGAUCGGGAUCCUGCUCAGGAAGGAUGCUGCCUCCCAGGGUGCUUCUCUCUUUGGCUUCCUUGCUCCUUUCAGUAAGGAGACCUGGACUGGCCUGAUGGUUGCUUACCUGCUGACCUGCCUCUGCCUCUUCCUUGCAGCCAGGCUGAGCCCCUGUGAAUGGAAGGAGCCCAAGAGUGAGGAGAACCACUUCACCUUUCUGAACAGCCUCUGGUUUGGAGCAGGAGCUCUUACCCUGCAAGGUGCAGCGCCUCAUCCCAAAGCACUGUCCGGGCGAAUCAUUGCUGCCAUCUGGUGGCUGUUCACCCUCUCUCUGCUGGCUGCCUACAUUGCCAAUUUCACCGCCUUGCUGCGUGCUGGGAACGAGCCGCUUCCAAUCCAGACUUUUGAAGAUCUCGUGAAGCAGAGAGAGAUCGAGUUUGGGACAGUAGAAAGUUCCUCCACGUUUCAAUUCUUCAAGAACUCCAGGAAUCCCAUCCAUCAGAUGAUCUACGAGUACAUGGACAAGAGGAGAGACCAUGUUUUAGUCAAAAACUACCACGAGGCGGUUCAGCGUGUGCUGGAAUCGAACUACGCCUUCAUUGGGGAAUCUGUAUCCCAAGAUCUUCUCGCAGCCAGGCACUGCAAUUUGAUCAGGGCUCCCGAGGUCGUUGGAGCAAGGGGAUUCGGCCUGGCUACAGCAAAGGGGUCACCGUGGGCCAGUAAACUCUCCCUUGCUGUGCUGAAACUGGGCGAGUCAGGCGACCUGGACUACCUACGUAACAAGUGGUGGGAGACCACCUGUUUCCAUAAGGGCCCAGACACAUGGAGUCCUCUGAAACCGCAAGCCAUGGGUGGACUUUUCCUGGUUCUUGCAGUCGGCCUCGUGCUGGGAGUGAUUGUGGCUUUGGUGGAGUUGUCAAACAAGAGCCGACAUGCUGCUGAACGGGAGAAGAAAUCUUGCUGCUCUGUUCUCAUCGAGGAGAUGAGUCAUCGGUUCAGAAUAAAAGAAGGUGCAAGAGAGAAUCCAGAGAAGGUUAAACCAUAAGAACCUCCUUAGGGAGUGGAGUCUCAGUGUUAAUCAAUUUCUUUCCUAGUGUGUGUAUUCAGUAGUAGCUGUUUCUCUGCAUGAGUUUUCUGCACUGGUCCUGUAUCUCUGUAUACCUAGAGUGUAGCUCCCCUAGCACUAGGAAAGGUCAAUCUCUAUAACCAUUGAACUGCAGACAGAGAACUAAAUAGCUCAGAGGACUGACUCCAGAUCCUGGCCGCUCUAGAGCACUAAAUCCAGCCUAGCAAUGAUGACUGAAGAUGUCAGCAUCUGAUGGCUACUGGGUGGCCCUCGUAAAACAGUCACAGCUCAAAGGUUGAGGACUGAGCAAACGUGGAGAAUGAGCACCUCAUUCGUACAAGGUUCUGUCUACACUGGACUUGGAGGUGUGACUGCAGCACCUAACCAUAGCAGUGAAGCCUUAGCAGCAUGGGCUGGACAGCCCUCCCGCUGAUGCUGGGGUAUGUUUUGAAGCAGUUAGCCCAUGUUACCCAAGCUAGCUCAAACGACAAUAGAAGUGAAGCUGUGGCCAGUCUGUGUGUGCCCCAGUCACACCUGACUGCAGUGUGGACAUACCCUUAGCAUAUGGCGACACUGCAGCUGGGGAUGUGACUAGCAGCUUGUGUAGAGUGAACUAGCUCCAGUACCAGCUAGUGCAAGUCUGUCUGCAGGCUGUGCCAGUCACACCCUCGGCUGCAGCGUAGACCCACCUUUAGAAGUGGAGCCUGCAGCUCAGCGUGGAUGCAUGUAAGCUGUCCCUGCUCUGUGACGCAGCAGAGGAUUGUGGCUGUCAAGCCAGCAACCUCCAUCAGUGGUAAUUGUUUAUUUUAAAUGCUCAAAACUGAAUGACACGUGGAGCUGCAAGUCAAGGGGAUCAGUGUGAAUAUUCUGGAACCAAGCUUAGGAGACUCUCGAAUGAGACUUCGAGAGCAGUGUAAAACAGAAUAAGCAGCAUUUUCCAUGGUGCUGCCCAGGUUACUGCCUGCCAUUUUUCAGUAUGACAAAGAUUGUGUCUGUACAGAGCUUUGAAUACUGAAAACGUAACGAGUAUCAAAGAACAGCUUUGCUAGACAAAAUAAACUUAUUCGGAGCCAGAGCAUGGGAACAGCUCUGUUAAAAAACAAACUGAUAUUUAGCCUUUAAGUUAAUGCAGCUGCUUGGCACCUGCCAAUGUUUAUGAGUAUAACUUCCUCCAAGUGAGAUGUUAGCCAAGAGCAUGUUGAAGGGCACAAUGAUUGAGAUUCACUCUCAUGCAAAACUUCCAGUCUCAAGUUCCUAGGUCUCACUCACCGACCACACGAAGGUGAGUUUUUUCCCAGUGAAAAUGUAUUGACUAUUUAAAAAAAAAAAAAAGGGGGGGGGGGGGGGAGGGUGCAAAACUUGCUGCCUGCAGUUUUCGAAUUGAAUGACUCACUUAAUAUCAGCCACCUGUGGAAAGAGUGACUGCAGUGGAAUAUUAACGGCCUCAGUUAUGCUGAGCUUGAACUAAAUAAAAUGAGGUAAAUCAACUAAAAUAACCUGGCUCUUAAAUCAGCAGGGCCAAUUUAACUAACGUGUGAUCCAACAGAAGUUGCAUUGUUCUUACGCUUGGUUUCUGAGACUUUUGGUUGCCUUUCCGCAUAUCAGAAGAGCUGGGCUUAGUGGCAGAGCACGUUACACAGCAGAGGCAUUGCCCUCCUGUAUAUACUGCCUUGUGUCUGCUGCUAGUUUUGCUUGGCUGUAGUGGGAACGGGUGAAGAGGGACAGUCAGUUUCAGUAACAUAUUGAAUAUUGGCAACUGCAAAACUUGGGAAACAUGCAUUGCCCUGUGGUAGCAGGAACAUCUGUAGAGUCUUUUUGCACCUGGCACCUAACAGUAUAUACAGGAGGGUGAAGCAUUAGGGAUGCUAAAAAUGUUAGAGGAACAGUCUGAUCACUUGGCUGAAGUUACUUAAGGACAUGUUUAAUCCCGGCUACUACAGAGUAGGAAUUUUCAUAUUAAACAUUCAAUGUUACUG